AAAAUCUCAAAAUGGCUGGCGCUAAACAUGAAACUUGACAUUUCGGCUGAAACUGCGCAAGGAAAAAACACGCAAACAGGAUGUCAAAAAUAUUCAAAACAUUGCCCAUGUAUUACCAAAAAACCCUAAAUCAGAACGUUGAAUUUAUGGAAAAAGAAUGUCAUAAAAUGUGAAAUUGUGGGCAAAAUUCAACAUGCAACCCACUACAUCUACUCUGCUGCAACAGAGAAGCGUGCGAAAAGCUGAUCGUUUCUCGCAGCGAAACGAUGCCAGCCUGCGGGCGAAGGCCAAGCAGGCCGUGCUACAUGAACUGAGCGAGGGGCUGCGAGUGAAGGCAGCGAAGAUGAGACUAGCUGCACGGGGAGAUGGAUGGGCGUCUACCGUAGACAGAGGCGCUGGUCCAGGAGCAGUGGGGAGGGCUGUCGCAAAUUUUGGAGAAGUUAAAAAAACCUCAAUGAAGAAGGAAGAAACAGGAAGGUCACCAACCAAAAUUUCACAUUCACCAAGUAGGUCUCGCAUUCCAGUUGCCAAGUCGCACGUCAAAGCAAGUCCCAAGAGUUCUCACCGUGUGCACUUCCAAAGUCCGGCCUCGACACCCAAGAAGCCUGGCUUGCCGUCGUCUGUAUCUGAUCCCAAAAGUGCUCGCAUGCCGAGGGCCAAACCAGGCUAUAUAUGGAAUAUGGGUGGCCGGCUCAAAGAAAUCAGGAUCAGACAUCUUGCAAGAAAGUUCCUGCAUAUUUGGAUUGCUGCAGCUUUUGGUCGUGUCCGCCCGUCUGUAGUGAGGCAACAUUACAGGAAACGUUUGCUGUCUGCUGCCCUCAGGGAAUGGAUCGAUUUCUGGUGGACGAGUCGCCGAGAAUGGAAACUUCAGAUCAGAGCGGAUUAUCACAGGAGAUAUCACAUAUGCCAGACAGUGUGGUAUGCGUGGAAAGAAUAUGUCCUCCUGGAGAAAAUCAAAAGCUCUAAAGAUGCUGUCGCAGUCGCACAUGCCAAUGGAAAGCUUCAAUCAAGAGUGUUAGAAGCCUGGAAGGUUUACGUCGUCAGUCGCAGGGCCAAGACAGCACUACGUCGGAAGGCAGAUAGCCAUGCAGCAAUGCGAUACCUAGAGUGGGCCUGGGUGCGCUGGAUGUCACAGAGACAAGCAGUGCAAGACAGGCAGGAGGCUGGGGACUUCGCUGUGCAGCACUGGGCACAGAAUCUUGUGCACAAGACAUGGCGGAGGUGGAUAGCCGCGACUCAAGAUAAGCUGGAGCAACGUCACAAAGACCAGAAGGGAAUAGACCUGUAUGAGAGGAACUUGGUUGCUAAAUGCUUCUACAAGGGGUUUGUGUCUUACACCACUCACCGAAGGGACCGUAGAAGAGAAAAAGCUUAUACGUCACAACUACACCGAGAUGACUUACUGCUCAAGAGCUGGCAGCAUUGGCACGGCCGAUGGUACACAUUGAGGCUCAUGCAAGAACAGCGAGAGAAGUUGUAUGUGAUGGCUGAGAGAUGCAGACUGAGGAAGCACUUCGUCAGAUGGAGAUACUUCAUCAAAUUGAAGUUUGAGAGGAGAAUGAAGAUACAAGUAGCUGAGCAGCACUACAGAUGCCAACUCCUGAAAUCAAGCUUUGGUGCUCUUCAACUCGCUGUCGUGAGACAAAGACUGCAGGAAAGGAGGAAGGCGAAAGCAGAGAUGUUCAGGAACCAUUCGCUGCUGUUGCAUGCCAUGCAGAGAUGGAUCCAGAGGUGCGAGGAGAAAGAAGAGCUCAGCCUCUUCACAUUGUCUCGCCAGGCAAGGGGCAUGUUUAGGUCGCGAAUUCUGAGUCAAAUGAUGCAAAAGUGGAAGGAAUACACUGCUUGGCGCCGAAAGAGACAGGCGCAGUAUGUCAUGGCAGAAGCACACUACCUGUCGCGCCUGCUACCAAAGUGCCUACAUAGCCUGAAAGUGUACGCCCAGGGGCAGCAAGACCAAAGGUGCAAUGGCAUCCAGGCUAUCAGCUUCCACAGGGAGUGUGUCCUGGGUUUUUACUUUGUGAGAUGGUGGCACAUGUUUCAGACGAGCCAGAAUCUCAACACGAUGCACAGAAUGGCUGUGCUACACUAUGACGGCACACUGGGGAAGCGGAUGCUUCGGAAAUGGAAACACCGGAUGAGACGAAAACAGCAACUAGAAGAAAAAGAGGCAAUGGCAGUAGAGCAUCAUGAAGAACAUCUCUGUGCCUCAGCAUUGACAACAUGGAAAGAGUUUGUUGCGGACUGCCACAAAAGGCGUGAACAAGAACAUAAGGCAUCCAGUCACAGCUGCAUGAGGCAACUUGGCAAGAUCUGGAAAGCGUGGACGAUGUACACCAUACAGUGUCGCAUCAAGAAAGACAAGAUUCGACGAGCUGUCAACUAUCGUCAACAACUUCUUGAGAAUAGAGUCCUCACGGCAUGGAAGGUGUACCAACAGCGAGCCAAGGAGAUUGAGAAGGAAGCGGAGAGGAGAAAGCUGAGCAAAGAUCAGGAGUGUUCAGGAUGGGCCUUGAAGCAGUGGCAUUGGAAUGUUAACGAGCAAACUAGAGAGAGAAUUCUUGAGGAGAGAGCUCGCCAGUAUUGGAUGAAAUCUAUCAAAGCCAAGAUAAUCACAUCAUGGCAACAGUAUGCUGUCUUACACUCCCACAAGAGAAAAAGUGAUGUUGAGGAACUGCAUAGGAUCCAAGACAAACUCAACAGAGGCAAACUUGGACGCGUCUUUCGCAUCUGGCAGUUGUCGUACGUUCGCUCACUUGCGAGCAGAAACCAAACAGACAGAGCCAUCAGACACUGGCGUGACAAAGUGAUGAAACAGGCUUUCCAAAACUGGUGCUUGUUUAAGCAACAGGAGAUACGUAAACAGUUGUUGUUGAGGCAGUCUAUGUGGCUACACAACACCAGGUUAUCAGCCAAGUUCUUUUUGAGGUGGAGAGCAGAGUUCCACAAGUCCAAGGAGCACCAGACUAAGACGGUCAUGGCACUGUGGCAGUGGAGUCUGGUCCUGCAGAGGAGGGUACUAGACGCCUGGCUGUCUUACACCGCGGAGCGACUACGUAAGAAGCAGCGUCUGGCCGAGGCUAUGGCUCAGCGCAGACAGUACCUGCUGAGGGAAGGGGUCGGCCAGUGGAUGAGAGUGGGGACUUUCAUGGCCGAGCAGAGGUCAAAGGUCGCAGCCCAACAUCAGGCCAAGAGUGCGUACAAGAUCUUUCAUGUGGUGAGACGCUGUGCGACCCAUUGGAUAAACAUGACCCAAAGAGGGCGCUCCAAGUCGGAAACAAAACCGCGUCUGAACGUCCGAUGUCCAGCCGACCAAGGCUAUGCAACCCUCGAUGCGCUGGGAGAGACUGGGUCUGACGUAGGAGGCAACCCUGUCCCUACUCACGUAGAUCCCUCAAGGGGCAGGACUAGCCUGGACAGAAUAACCAGUAAUAAGGGACCAGUAUCAUCCAGUGCGUUGCCCCUCAUUGCUUUGAGUUCAAAACCACAGCUGAGGGAAGGCUUCCAGGCUAUCAGUAGAGUCGUGAUGGAAAGUGAGCCUGCACUCAGACCCAGGCCUUUGCCUAGAAGACCUGACUUCCUCAUGGAGUCCCUACAGAAAGAGGGACUCUGGGCCAGUCAGCCUAGUUCAGGCAAGCCAGCCGCACGUGAUGCACCACACGAGCCCGGGCAAGAGCUAUUUCUUAAGCAGCAACAACUGUCUUCAGGAAACGCCGGAACCCCGCACCAAACUGGUUUGCCUAUGGCAUCUGAUAUGGAGUCCAUGCCUAGGGCAGCACAACCUCAGCCGUUGUCUACGGCUGAUCAUCAAAUACCCAGGCAACAUGGGUCUGAACCAUUGCGGAGAGAAGCACCAGUGAGUGUCGACUCUGAAUCUAUUCCCCACAGGAGGUCACCCCCUGUGCCCUCCCCUCCCGCUGAGCUUGUAAAGCCAUGCAGUGGGGGUCAGCUUCCAGCCAGUGAGAAAACCAAAAGCAGACCUUGGGUAACUGACUUACGCCCUCAUGCGGGAGGUAGUGAGCAUGUCGAGGUUGAAUUGCAAGCGGCUUCUUCUUUCAGAGACAGAGUGGGGAUGGAUGUUCUUCCUGCUGAACCAUUGGUUGAAGUCAGAGAGGACAUUGGUAAGCUAGAACCAUUUCAAGGAGGUGUUGUGAAAGAGACAAGUGAAGGACUGUUUGAGGCAGAUUCUUCAAACGAUCGGAGGCAAGAUGCAUCACCUCAGUUUGACGGGGAGAGAAGGCCGGAGCUUUCCUCCUCUCAACCUCCCGAGAAGCUUGUUCUCCUCCCACCAUCUGCCUUCAUGACAUCCAGAGCUGUGGCUGCCAAACCUAGAACCUCCAAAACAACACCGACAACAACGUCAUCACAGAAUACAGCCCACGUUGUCCCAAAGACCGUAAACCUCACUCCAGAAGAUCAACAGCUGAUUACACCAUCAUCGCUUAGAAAUAACGAGUAUGAGCAGCACCAACAUCAACUGCAGACCCUUCAACUGGAAUCUGUGAAGACAGACUCAGAAUAUAAAGACCAAUGGGCUGAACCACACGUGCUUGACCAGAGUGGAGAGCAACAUCAACGUACAAGAAUGAGAGGAGGAAUGGACGAUACGCAGUCCCAAGACAUAUACGAAGAGAUUCAACAGAUACAUGAGAAGUUGCAGGACUACCAAAGGGCAAAGGAAAAAUUCAGAACCUUGAAAGAACAGAGAUGUCAGCUGGGCACCUGGUUGGCAGAGUACCAGCGCAUCCAUGGACAGGAGGCAGAAGGCAAAGACCAAGAUGUCGUGGAGGUUACUGAGGAACUCCAACAGAUUGACCUCGAGAUGUCCGAGCUAUCACAGAAACUGAAGGAGGACAAGCCAAGGGUCGGAAGGCUCAUCUCAAGGGUCAAUGCACUUAUGGCCCAAACUCAAGAAUAGUGUCAUUCACCGAACAAAAUUAGAAGUCAUUUUUGCGGUGGUGCCACGUCCGCACCCAUGCCCUACGCAUUUUUAAAGAUCAGGCGUGCGCGCAAUUUGGUAACCCUAUUGGUCAAAGGAGCCCGGAGUGUGUGCGUAUUUCCUGAGCACGACUCCCGCAAGCAGGGGGCCACCGCAACAAACGGCUGUAGCCGAAUUAGUCUAUAGACUACACCUGGGCCCAAUUUCAUAGCACUGCUUUAGCAGAAAAGUCGCUGCUUAAGCACUAUUCCAGGGCGUGAGUGUGUGCGCAUGGAGAUUUCUAUUGUUACGUGACUGAUUUAAGCAACUUGUUCCUCUGGAGUUAGGCUUCAUUUUGCUGUGCUUCUGCUUACAAUCUCUAUGAAAUAGACAGAGACUCUGUUGGCACAAAAUCGGCUGUGAAGCAGCGCCAUGAACUUGGGCCCAAAUUGGCUGGAACAGUCUGUCUGCAAUUUCUCGGUUAAAAUAAAUCUACGCUGUAAGAAGUUACAAUGUACUUUGAAUGCAUCUCUGACACUGUUUUGCAUUUCAGAUUUCAUGCAGUUUAAAAAAUUCCAUUCUCUGUAUGACAAAACAAAACAUUUGAGUGUACAUGUAGUCUAUCUGUAUAUCCGUCCAGAAUUGUAUACAAAUAUAAUAUGGUUUGAGAGUAUUGGAAGUUGACUAGUUUAGUUU